UUAGAUUGUAGGAAAGUCAAAGAUGGAGUAAUAAAUAAGAGAAUGACCUCCUCGCCCCCUCUGCAAAUAGACCUGGUAGCUGCAGAGUGUUAAGUGUUGUCAGAAACACAGCAGCAGCUCUGCUAUUCCUGGAGCUGAGGGAGGGAGCAGAGCACGCGGGCUGAGUGCUCGAGCCAGACUCGUCUUAUUUCCCGCGUUUCAAAUAUUAAAAGUGGAUAUAUAACACACGGGGCUUUUUCAGUGAGUGCUGCUGUCAUCUGGUCCCAUCUUCAUGCUGCGCUCUAAUUCUUCAGGCUCGAGUUAAACAUGUCGUCAGCAUAUGCUGCUGCUAUAUCAGCCCUUCUUACCGUCAAUUCUUCCAAUCCAUCCUUGAAACCAAGCCCUCGCCCCUCCCGAGACAAAGCAGGGAGUCCUAAACCCUCCUCCACAUCUAGCAAACCUGCCCACUGCCCUCCAGCUGUACAUCCUCAUUCGUCUGAGCCUCUGGGGUCUUAUGACGAGCAACAGGAGAAUCCUGAAGACUAUGGCAUUGGUGGUUAUCACCCUGUAGAGAUAGGUGAGAUUUUCGUUGACCGUUACCAAGUGGUUAAAAAGUUGGGAUGGGGCCACUUCUCUACUGUAUGGCUCUGCUGGGAUAUGAUGAAGGGGCGUUUUGUGGCUCUGAAGGUGGUGAAGAGUGCUCAAACAUUCACAGAGACGGCACUGGAUGAGAUCACACUCCUGAAAUGUGUAAGGGACAGUGAUCCCAAAGAUCCAAAACGUGAGACAAUUGUGAACCUCAUUGAUGACUUCAGGAUCACUGGAGUGAACGGAGAACAUGUGUGCAUGGUUCUAGAGGUGCUAGGUCACCAGUUGCUGAGGUGGAUCGUCAAAUCAAACUACACUGGCCUCCCUCUGCCCUGUGUGAAGAGCAUCCUCAGACAGGUUCUGCAGGGUUUAGAUUACUUGCACACUAAAUGCAAGAUUAUCCACACAGACAUCAAGCCAGAAAACAUCCUCCUGAGAGUGGAUGAGGUUUACAUCCAGAACCUGGCGGCCAACACCAAGCUGUGGCAGCUGCCAGUGUCUUCUGCUUUCACCGACUCCACAGUGAACAGUAGCUCCGGAGACAAACAGAGUUUGUCCAACUUGUUGGGGAAGCUGACUGGGGUUUUCCACACUCUUGGGGAGUGGUCCAGCAAGGUAUCCAGGAGCAACAUUAAGCGACUGACGAGAAAAGACAGGAGUCGACGAGGACAGGAGAGUAAAUCUGACAAAAAUCAAAAAGAGAAACUUCAUGUGUCGUUCUCUGAUGCCACGGCUACUUCUAGUCCCCGUAACUCUACCCGUCAGCCUAAGACCACAGGGCCUAACUUCAGAUUAAGGAGACAGACGCUGCUGAUGGAAGACGGACUGGACUUGGCUCCAUACAGCCACAGAGAAUCCAUCUGCUCGUGGCCAGACCUCAACACAGAUGCUCCUAUCUCCGGCUCUAGAUCAGUGUUAUUACAUCAGACUGCAGACAAAGAGCUGCCGCCUCCUUCACCUUCCUCUCCCCAUGGUAUCAGUGACUCUGAUGUACUUCUGGACUUACUAAAGCCUCAGAAUGCUGAUAAAAUCCUCAUCAAGAUUGCUGACCUGGGCAACGCCUGCUGGGUGCACAAACACUUUACUGAAGACAUCCAGACGUGUCAGUACCGCUCUGUGGAGGUUCUGAUCGGUGCUGACUACGACACGCCGGCUGACAUCUGGAGCACCGCCUGCAUGGCUUUUGAGCUGGCCACAGGGGAUUAUCUGUUCGACCCCCAGUCAGGAGCCACAUUCUCCCGCGAGGAAGAUCACAUUGCCCACAUCAUUGAGCUGCUGGGAUCCAUUCCAGCUCAGUUCGCCCUGUCAGGGAGAAAUUCCAAGCGAUAUUUCAACCGUAAAGGACAAAUGCGACACAUCUCAAAGUUGAAGCCGUGGAGCUUGUUUGAGAUCCUGCUGGAUAAAUACGAGUGGCCGCAGGAGGAAGCCAUCCAGUUCAGCUCCUUCCUUUUGACCAUGUUGGAGCUGCUGCCAGAGAAAAGAGCCACAGCUGCCCAGUGUCUCAAACACCCCUGGAUCUCCUCCUAGACGAACCAGUUCUGUCUUGUUCAGAGCCCAGUGGACUCAGGAGCAGGCUCACACACAUGCAUUGACAUGGGACUUGGACAGCUCUGGGAUAAACAGCAGUAGCCUGGUGCUGGCAUCACGAGCACAGCUUUCAUAGAUGUUUAUUAGCCUGAAUGAGAGUCUUUUCCCAGUUGGGUUUCUUGGUCUUUUAAGUAUUUUAAUGGCAGUCAUGUCUAAUUUAAGCAUAGCAAUGACCAAAGAGAGAUUUUGUCUUAGUGGAACACUGCCUUGUUAAAUGAUCGCAAAGUUGUUGAAUUUAAAUAAACUGACAAAAAAUGUA